GGUUACAGUAUGUGAUGCUGUUAAACACGCUCUCAGCGCACAUUCCAGGGUAACUGUUACCUGGGUGUGUUUCAGACAGGUAAAUAAGACAGGGGAGGCUCAGAAAAAGAAGCUUUCACCUGAGACGCUGUGAGAGGUGGGGGCCAGGAUUCAGGGGCGGCAGUGGGGUGUGCAGUUAGGGAGCUGGUGACCUGACCGUUGCAGGUUCGAUUCCCAGUGUGAGUAUUUUUCACAAGUCAUUGAAGCUCCACUUCUGAUUUAAGAAGCUGAAUCCAUACCUGAGUUGCAAGCAGCCAUGAAGAUUGCGUCCUUUAACGUUCAGAGGUUUGGCUUGAGGAAAAUCUCAGACCCAAACGUCCUGUCUACGCUGAUCAAGAUUGUGUCCCGCUAUGACAUCAUAGUGAUUCUGGAGGUGGUGGAUGUGAGCGGGGCUUCCGUGGAGCGCUUCCUGGCGGAACUCAACAGGGUGAAUACCCAGCACCAUUACACCCUGAGAAUUAGCACCCGUCUGGGCCGCACACGCUACAAGGAGCAGUUCCUCUUCCUCUACAGGGAUGACUCAGUAUGCCUUGUGGGGUCGUAUCAGUAUGAGGACACUCAGGCUGGGGAUGAAGAUGUGUUUGCAAGGGAGCCAUACAUCCUGCGCUUCCGAUCCAUGGCAACAGUGCUGAAGGACCUGGUGCUGAUCCCUGUGCACACCAAGCCCUCGGACUCGGUGAGGGAGCUGGACGAGCUGUAUGACGUCUUCCUGGCCGUGAAGAGGAAAUGGAAGACUGACAACAUCAUGAUCUUGGGAGACUUCAACGCAGACGGGGCCUACGUCUCCAGCAGGGGCAUGCAGGCCAUCCGAAUUCGGAGCGACAGGAACUUCCACUGGCUGAUCCGGGACGACGUGGACACCACAGCCAACACAGGAAACGAGCACACCUACGACAGGAUAGUGGUGUAUGGAGAUGACAUGCUGGAUGCCAUCGUGCCGAACUCAGCCCAACCGUUCAACUUCCAAAAAGCUUUUAAUCUGACAGAGGAAAUGGCGCUGGACGUGAGUGAUCAUUACCCUGUAGAGGUGGAACUGAAGAGUCUCCCUCAGGAGGGGCGAAAACGUGGAUCAGAGCAGCAACAUUCCGGAGGAGACUCACACACGGAGGAACUGUACCAGGAAGUCCUGGAGCUGAAGAAGAAAAACCAGCUUCUAAAGCAAGAGAAACUCAAACUGCAGAUUCAGAUGCUGCACAUGCAAAUGGCUCAGGAAAAAAAAUGAGCUCAGAUUUCACUUCAGUGGAACAGUGGACUGCUGCUCAAAGUGGACACACCACUGGUCACAGAAAUGACUUCAGUAAUUGAACAAGUGGAGACAAAACAUGGUUCUUUAAUGAAUAAUAUUUUUGUUUUAUAUUUUUAGUUUUAAACAUUUUUUUGAGCAUGUCCUUAUCAAUAACAUAAGAAAAUGAAUAAUAAAAUUGUUCAAUUGUAAUUUUAAAAAUGCAGGGCUGCCCAACCCUGAUCAUGGAGAUCUGCCAGCCUGUAGGUUUUCAUUUCAAACCUAAUUUUACUGAUUAGCAGCUCAACACGCUGUUGAAUGCGGGUGCUUUGUUAGGGUUGGAGGGAAUACUUGUCGGACGGUAGAUCUCCAUUAUUAGGGUUGCGCAUAUACUAUACAGCUACAUGUCUGUCUGUCUCCCUGUCUGUCCCCUUUGCCUCUCUCUCACUCUCUCUCCCCCCUCACUCUCUCAUUCUCUCUGUCCCACUUUCUCUCUCUCCCUCUCUCACUCCCCCUCUUUCUCACUCUCUCUCUCCCCGCUCACUCUCUCAUUCUCUCUGUCCCACUUUCUCUCUCCCUCUCCCAUUCACUGUCCCGCUCUCUUUCUCUCACUCUCUCAUUCUCUCUCUAACUAGGAUGAGUCAAAUGCAGAGGACAAUUUACCUCACCGUGUUCAAUAAACUGUGUCUUGUCAUUCAUUGGUUUAUAUUUAGCAGACAAUGUGCUGUAUGUGUUUAUAGAGUGCAUAGCUAAUAAAGUUUUGUCCUGUUCGAUUGCAGAAGCUAA